UUGGGGACGGGGGAGGGGAGCGUGCAAGCAAGCAGGCAGGAAAGCAGGGAGAUAUCGGAGGAAGAGAGAAGAGAGGCGAGCAGCAGUAGAUAACCGCAGGCCUCCAGCUGGGUCAAAUCGGAUAAAGUAGACGAGAUGGCAGAUGGCCGGCGUGGGCAGAGAUGGUUUGUUGUAGUUGUGAAGUACCAAAAUUGUGACCCGAAUACGGCCAGACACUUUUCUUUUUUCUUUAUCGCCAGUCGCUGUCGGCGAUGCUCUUUUAACCUUUAUGGCGUCCAGGAUGACAGCCCAGCACGCAGUCGAGCAAGCAAGCGACCGGCCACUAGUAAUCACACGACCGUUCCCGGCGAGGUCAGCCUGUUGCCGAUGUCUUUAUCCGGGGUUGCAGACAGGUGGCCGUGGCUGAUAAAGAACAGGCCCGGACCAUGUUUUUGGGAGGGGGGGGGAGAAAGAAAGCGGCGCAAGACGAAGAAAGGGAAGAGAAAGGAGAAGGAAGGAGGGGGGAGCGGAAAGGAAGAAAAGGAGGGGUUAAUAAAUCGGACGGGGAACCAGAUAGGACGGUCGAAGAGGAGGAGAGGAGAGCAGAACGAGGACAGAAGAAGCGGAUGUGAUGUGAUAGCCCGAUAGGACUGACGGGCUUCGCCAGCCAAGGGGGGAGAUGCAGCUAAACGAGCCCGCUUGGCUGCUCCUCAGUCCCUCGGCCAUCCCUAGAUCGAUCCCAAGGAGGAUCUGA